AUGAAGAUCCUGCAGGAUAUUCGAGCUAUAGCAUGGCCCUCGCAGAUCUGCGCCCUGCUGCCAUUUUAUAGUGGAAAUGAGGAGGAGAGUUUCCGAUUUGGGGUACUUGGUCGCUGGUACGGACGCUUAGUGGCCCUGAUUAUACUGAUUACUUCCCUAUUCUUCGGUGAGGACGUACUUUUCGCAUCCAGUGAGUACAGAUUGGUGGCCAGUAAACAGGGUGACACCGAGGAAAUCAAUCGCACCAUCGAGACGCUUCUCUGCAUCUGCAGCUACACGAUGAUGGUUUUGUCCAGUGUGAUGAAUGCAUCCAGGCACUUUCGAACUUUGCGGGAUGUUGCCAAAAUCGAUGAGUAUCUGGUGGUCAGUGGUUUCCGGGAGAAAUACAACUGCCGGAAUCUGGGAAUCCUGGUCACCUCAGCGGCAUUUGGAGUACUUGCGGUGGCCUUCUACUACAUCCACUUUCGGAGUGGCAUUGGUUCUAAAAACCAGGUGAUCCUGCUCCUGGUUUACUCCUUGCAGUUACUCUACUCCACUGUAUUUGCUAUAUAUCUACGUUCCAUACUCAAGAGUUUAGCGCAACGGAUUGGUUUCCUUAACCAACGACUAGAUGAAUUUUGCCUUCAGGAAAUUGGAAAUGUGGGAAACUGGCGGGAACUCAGUAAUCUCAUAGAAGUGCUCUGCAAAUUCCGCUACAUCACCGAGAAUAUUAACUCCGAGGUUGGAGUGGCAUUGCUAUUCUACUUCGGAUUCUCUUUCUACACGGUGACAAAUCAGAGUUAUUUGGCCUUUGCCACUCUGACAGCCAGUUCGUUGAGUUUGAAAAAAGAUGUGGAUGAUACCAUGGGUUUGUCCUGUGCCUGGGUGUUGGCCGAAGUUAUCACCAUGGCCAUGAUCUGCAGCGCAUGUGAUUGCCUGGCUUCCGAGACGAACAGUACGGCCCAAAUCCUUUCAAGGGUCUACGGAAAAAGUAAGCAGUUCCAGAACCUCAUCGACAAGUUCCUCACCAAGAGCAUCAAGCAGGAUCUGGAGUUCACCGCCUACGGAUUCUUCUCUAUCGACAACUCUACGCUUUUUAAGAUAUUCUCUGCGGUCACCACUUAUUUGGUAAUCCUCAUUCAGUUUAAGCAGUUGGAGGACUCCAAGGUGGAUGAAAUUAACCAGGCUUAA